UGGAAGCUUACGGAUCGAUAAAGGCACGCGACUGCAAGCGUUUGUUGCGUUAAUUUAGGCAGACCCUAUGGAUUGUAUUUUUCAUCUUUUCAAUGAGAGUGGUGUUUAUGUGUGUAAGCGACAAACAAAUCAAUUUUUUCAUUGAAUUUGUUAUAAAUAUUUAUAAAAUUUUGUAGUGUUUUAAGAUAACUAAACUUCAUACGUAUCAUGUGAAUAUUAAACUUGAAAUUUAUACUUUAAAGUUAUAUCAAUGAUUGUAAUAGUUGAUAGUACGGAAUCAGAGAGAGAAUCGAUUUAGUCUUUUGAAUGGACAUGGUACAUAUAUUGUGGGGGUUUCCCCUCUACCAGGGUGUUUGUAGAUUGUGGCAACCCUCCCGAAAUAUUACUAUAAUAGUUACAAUUGUUUUUUUAAUCUGUGGAUUUUUGCCACGAAAUGUUGUUGGCGAACAUGGAAAAGAAUAUAAACUUGAUAACAUCUGUAAAAAUCAUUUUUUACGAGAAUUAUACAGAAAAAUAGAUGGUGCUGUUUUAACGUCACAAAAUGAGCAUAAUUUAAAUUGUGCUAUAACAUUUCAAACUCACAGUAUUCUUCAACGUUUUAUGUUGAGGUUUGAUCGGCUUCAACUUGACUGUAAUGAUCAUCUUUAUAUUUAUGAUGGAGCUCAUGCUGGCAAUAAUUUUAAGGCCGAUUUAUCAUGCAGAAAUACUCAUUUAAGCGUUGGUGCAAUUUAUACACGCACUAAUUUUGUUACAUUGAAGUAUAUUACAGAUGCUUGGGGUACCGAUUCUAAUGGUUUUAGGCUCGUCAUCACAGCUGUCAAAGAUCUCAAACACACUUGUAAAGAUUUCCGUUGCACAUUGAACGAGUUUUGUGUUGAUAAAGAUCUUGUUUGUGAUGGUGUUAAUCACUGCGGCGAUGGAUCUGAUGAAGCACCAUCUGCAUUAUGCGCCAAUACUAAAACCUCUACAAUAUUUGGAAUCCAACAAACAUGGUUUGCAGUUGUUUUAACAGUAAUGAUUUUGAUGAUAGUGGGUUUGGUCAUUGGCAUAGUAACUUGUUACUGUCGAAAACGCACAGCAUCUCCACGACAUCCACAUAAUGCUCUAGCUGCUAGAGCUCAUCAACCAGUCAACUUCCCAUAUGUGCGGAUCAAACGGGGCGAGCGCUGGGAUGCCAAUGGGAAUGACAGUAAUCAAAGGACCAGCGGAAACUCCAGGACCGAUGACCAGUCUAAAUUAUGCAGGAGUGAGCAUCGGGUUAACGGGUGCCACGACACUACCGCGGUCGGGAAACUGGCUACACCCUGCAGGCCUCAGGCUCGGGCACAGCGAGGUUCGGGUCCGCCUCUAUUGCCAGGCAAAGUAAAAAAUCACGGUUCAGACAGUGAUAUUUCAUCUAGUCAAAAAGAUGAAUGGUUUGUAUAGAGGCAGAUCUUACCAGAGCCUGCAGGGUGAUAUGAAAACGGUUGUGCCCACACCGUUUCUUUAAUUAAAUGAUAAAAUAGUUGUUUUUUAAUUGGAAUUAGAAUAUCAUUAAGAUAUUACCAAAGUUACAUUUAAUAUCAAUACUUUACUUACAAGCAAGACCAUAAAUAAUGAUCAUAAAAUUAAUCAUUUAUUUCUCUACGAUAUUCAAAGUAUUUUUGAGUUAUUUACCAGGAAAAUAUGUAUCAAAAAAAUAUCUGAUAACUUCAG